AUGGGUUCAUAUGUUUACACAUAUUCUAAGCGUUGGCCGACGGCGACCAUGGUUUUACACAAUUACAGAAGGGGAUAUGGGCUUGGAUAUGACUCUGUUUCUGAUGAUUAUAAGCUGGUUUUAAUCGACGAUACAUUGGAGUUGGGUGAUAUAUCAAUUGUUUAUAGUAUGAAAAGAAACUACUGGGAAUGGAGUAGAAUUCCCCUUGAUCUCUUCAUGCUCGAAGCAAGAGGAUCCUUUGUCGAAGGAUUUCUCAAUUGGGGUUCUGGAAGAAAUAUUGUUGCUUUUGCUCUUGACACUGAAGAAUUCUGUCAGGUGCCUCUUCCCAACGGCAUCAAGGGUUUAGCACUUAUGAACGUGGGCGUAUUGGGAGGAUGCCUAAUGAUGACUCAUGCUAAUAUAAGCGAAUCCAAGCGUAAUGUGUGGGUGAUGAAGGAUUAUAUGGUGAAAGAUUCAUGGAGUAAACUUUACGUAUUACCUUCAGUUCCGAUCAAAGUUAUCGAUCAGAUAAGUAGUGAAUGA